AUGGAAGACCAGAUAAUAUCGGCGAUUCAGAUCGCUUACCAUCCCUCCUCCGACCCUGCCCUCAAACGACAGGCCUUCGACUACGUAAACCAGUUGAGACAGGAGCCUUCAGCAUGGCAACCUUGCUUGGCCAUUUCACUUCGAUCUCCUCUUCAGCCCGUCGUCAUCAGAGUCUUUUGCCUCGAAAUCGUCAAUAAUGCCGUCCAAGCGGGCUUGGUCGACCCCCAGGGCUUGAAGGCCAUCAAGGAGGAGGUCAUGGCAUAUCUGCAGAAGUCCUACGCUGGCAGCAGUCAAGAUUCUACUCCUGACCCGGGGACGGUUGUGAACAAGUUCGCUCAGACCAUCACAUUCCUCUUCGCUGCCUUUUACGAAGCGGGGUGGGAGACCUGCUUUGAUGACUUACUGGCUCUUACUGCAACCCAGUCCGGCUCGAGAAACAACUAUCCCGGCGUCAUCUUCUAUCUUACAGUCCUUAAUUCUAUCCAUGACGAGAUCGGCGACCAACUACUAUCCAGGUCCCGCGCCGAACAGGACCGGGCCAAUACGUUGAAGGAUCUCAUCCGCCAGCGCGACGUUCAAAAAAUUGCACGCUCCUGGGAGGAGAUAUUGUCACAAUGGAAGACCUCCAAUGAUGCGGUGGCGGAGCUGUGCCUGAAAGCCGUGGGCAAAUGGGUCAGCUGGGUCGAUAUCUCAUUCGUCGUCAAUCAACGCAUGCUUGAGUUGCUGUUUCAGCAGCUAGAGCGAGCGCAGAAGGUCAAUCCUCGUGAGAGCGAAGAACAGGCUCGAGAUGCGGCCAUCGAUGUUUUCACAGAAACCAUCGCAAAGAAGAUGCCACCUGCUGACAAGAUCAAUGUCAUCACAUUCCUCAACCUUGAGAACGUUGUCUCACAACUAGUGUCGUGUCCACCUUUGAGCGAUAGCCGAGCGUCAAAUUACGAUGUCGACCUUGCCGAAACAGUCGCGAAACUUGUCAACACCACGGUGGCCGACAUAGUCAAGAUUCUAGAGACCGAGAACCAAAACUCUCCGUCCUGGGCAAAAGCUGAACAACUUCUGGUGGCAUUCCUCCCACACCUUCUUAGGUUCUUCUCAGACAUUUUCGACGAAGUCUGUUCUACUGUCCUCAACGCCAUGAAUGAUGUUCUUGCGUUCCUGCGCCGUACUAGCCAGGGCGAGGCGGCUUCUGCCCAGAGAGCAGCCAUGCUUCUCCCUAUUCUCAAAGCGAUCUUCGGGAAAAUGCGGUACGACGACACGGCUGAUUGGGGCCAAGAAGAUGAGCAGACCGAUGAGGCCGAGUUCCAAGAUUUGAGAAAGAGAUUGGCCGCGUUGCAAGCUGCUAUCGCGGCCGCUGAUGAGCAACUUUUCAUUGAAGCAAUCUCAACUCUCGUCCAUGACACGUUCCAGAGACUCAGCGUGGAGGGGUCACAACUCAACUGGCGAGACUUGGAUCUCGCACUGCAUGAAGUGUACUUGAUGGGCGACCUAGCCGUCAAGGCAGGUGGUCUGUACCAGAAAAACAAACCUAACUCUCCGGCGGCCGAAAAGCUUGUUCGUAUGAUGCUGGAAAUGGUGCAGUCUAACACGGGCUCAUUUGGUCACCCUGCCAUACUGCUCCAAUAUAUGGAAAUCUGUGUCAGGUACAGUACCUUCUUCGAAAAGCACACCGAAUAUAUCCAGCCAGUGCUGCAGAACUUUCUGCAGCUGGCACAUCAUCCCAGCCCGAAGGUCAAGGCACGAUCUUGGUAUCUCCUUCAGCGCCUUAUCAGACAACUCCGCCUACAAAUCGCGGACGCUGCUGAAGUAGUCGUCCAGAGUCUGCAGGAUCUACUGGUUAUCCGUGCGGAGCUGCCGAGUGCAGCAGAUGGCGAUGAUAUGUCGUCCGAUGGCGAGUCUGCGGCAGAUUCGACAUUCACCAGUCAACUCUACCUGUUCGAAGCCGUGGGUUGCAUUUGUGGCUCGACUUCCGUCCCUGUGGUGAAACAGGUUCAGUAUGUACAGGCAAUCAUGCAACCUGUUUUCUCCGACAUCGAGCGCAAUCUUGAGGCUGCGAGGACAGGCAAUGAACUUUCCAACCUCCAGGUCCACCAUGACAUUCUGGCCUUGGGCACUCUGGCUCGGGGCUUCUCUGAAUUCACUCUUGGAAGUACUGCGCAAGGUGGCGGGACCGAACCGGCACCACAGGUUAAGCAGGCAUUUGCACAGGUGGCUGAAGUCACGCUUGUUUCUCUGACUGCCCUCAAAUCGUCGUUCCAGAUCAGAACUGCCGCAAGAUUUGCCUUUUCCCGGCUAAUAGGAAUGGUCGGCACUCAAAUGAUGCAGCAGCUACCUCAGUGGGUUGAGGGUCUCCUGACGGAGUCUUCUUCUAGGGACGAAAUGGCUCUGUUUCUUAGACUCUUGGACCAGAUCAUCUUCGGCUUUAAGAACGAUGUCUCCGACUUCCUGGACCAACUGUUCUCCGGCCUACUACAACGCGUCUUUGCUGGUAUAGCGGCCGCAACAUCCGGUACCGACGACGAAAUCGAACUGGCCGAAUUGAAACGAGAGUAUGUCAACUUCUUGCUGGUCAUACUUGGAAAUGAUCUCGGCGGUGUCCUGGUCAGCGCCACCAAUCAGCCGAUCUUUGAAUCUGUGAUUAAUUCAGUUGAGCAUCUCGCGAGAGAUGUGGAAGACUUCCCCACGGCAAAGAUGGCGUUCAUUCUCCUCUCCAAAAUGUGCACCGUCUGGGGUGGCCCUGACGUGGUAUCUGCGACCGGUCAGGCCAGCGGCGACGCACGAGCACCGCAGCCAGCUCUUCCCGGCUUCGAUCAAUUCAUGAUUACGCGGUUUUCACCUUUGUGUUGGGCACUGCCGACGAACCCUUCUUUCAAUAGCAAAGAUGCACAAGCGCGGCAAGCCCUUGCAGAGGCGGCAGGGCUGCAAAAGACCAUCUACAGCAAGACGGGCCAACAAUACUUGACCUGGUUGCAGGAAAAAGAGUUGAGGACGAUGGGCAUGAAUGACGCUCUGAUCAACGAAUAUUUGCAAAAAUUGGCCACGUUGGAGCCGAAGGCCUUUAAGACGUUCUUCCCAAAGUUCAUCGCUCAGGGCGGUCAGAUUUGA